AUGCAAUUCAUGCCAGGAACAAUAAUCCAAGACACGUCACAACAAAAACAAUCAGACAUAACCCUCCUCGCUAAAUACGGUUCACGAAGCAUCAUCCUAUUUGGAAACUGGUCGUCUGUCGUCACACUAUCGCCCUACACAAAGGCACUGCCAACAGCCAUACACUGUAUUGCAGUCCUUCCCAAAUCACAGGCUGAUUUGCUCGCUGUGGCCGCUAUUCAUGAUGUAAUACCUGCCACUAUAGACCAGGACGAUAUAGAGGCAAGGACUAGUGCAGCUGAGGAUGUGGCACGAGGAGAUGUUUCCAAGGAACUCAUACCGUACUUGUCAGUCGUACUGGACCAAGACCAAACAGUCGCAAUCGUAUCCCUCGGCUCAGGACUCGGAAUGCUAACAUCCAACCGUAAAGACGAUGAUGUGAUGCUACAAUUACGAGUUCUUACUUCUGAAGCUGUCAACCAGUUAACUCGAACAUCACCCUCGUCUUCUUUAUCAUCACAGCAUCAGCAUAGUAGUGCUCCAAUACCACCAGUCAAUGCAGCGUUAUUAGCAUCAGGGUCAGGAUUAUCGUCUGUAGCAGCAGGCACGAAACGUAAAGACGUGCCCUUGUAA